UCUCAGACCCUUGAGGGCAAAGAAGGACAACAUAAAGAAGGCAGCUGCAUUUUAUGACUAGCUGAGCAUGAACCACUACGCCUUCAGAAAUACUUUCUUUUACCAUUCGCUAAUGGUUCAGCUAGCUUAUUCACUGACCAGCUGCUUGAGGACUUCUGUUCAAACCCGUGAUGGAAAUCUGGGAGACCCUGGCAUCUUUCCAAACCAGCUCUGUCCUGGAGGUUGUAGUGCUAUCAUCCCUUCUGCUCCAUACAAGCUGAGUAUUACUUAGUAACGUUGAAUUAUGGCCUAGCAUUAUUAGUUACCUCCUUGUUUUGUUCUUAUCAUGCUAUCCUUUUGUUUAAAAUAUUGAGUUGUAUGCCCAGACCCUGCCAAUAUCUUCCUGGUAAAGACUUAUCUAUCAGUGUUCAAACUAUCUGUAAAACAGGGAAAAGAUGCUAAUACUGGGGUUUGGCUUUGUAUGUGACCCAAAAGAUGUAUAGAUUCCAGGAAGAGGUUAUAACUGGCUUUGCUUCACUGUGACAUUGAGCAUAAAAGCCUGAGGGUAUAGAGUGGGAAAACUUAGUGACCCUAUUUACAGCAGAAGUAUCGCUUACUCUUUGGCCGUGUAAUAGGUUGUAACAUAAAUGUCUCUGCUGAAGGCAAGGCUUAGCUAGGAGAUUAGGGCUAUGCAUUGGAAUCAGAAUCCAGUUCCAGGGUAAGUUAGGUCUUGUAGAUACCUAUAGCUUGAGUUUCGUUCACAGGUUUAAUUUCAGUAUUUUAGAACACAAGUUCUCAUGCUUUUAACAAUCUGUGCAGUUUAUGCUAGCAUAAAGGUAAAGAUCAUGAAUGUAGGCUUUAGCCUACUAUAUGGGACGUGGUUAAUUUAAAUCAGAUAAUGUGUUGAAAUCUGCACUUCAAACUCCAGUGUCUUUCCUCACAUUAAGCAAAUAAUGUGUGCAGAAGGAAAGCUUAUUCUGAGCCCCCAGAUUUUACAGUGGGUUAUAUCUGUCUAGGAUAACAUGCAGUAACUGGUCUCUGGCACUUAGAUACUGCCGUAAUUGCAGUUUUAGAGAAAUGUAAGAAGUUUUAAUAGAAUCAUGGACAUGUAUAGACAUUUCCUAUCUCUGAAGAGCUUUCAUUCAAAAUACAUCUUGUGCUAGAGAACAAGUCUAAAGCAAAAUGGAAGAGCAUCUGGAAACAGUAUCUCUGAAGCUAUGUUUGUCACACAGCACUUGACAAGAUACACUGCCAAAUGUCCUGCUGGGAUGUUCAGAAUAGCAUUUAAAUGCUUAAAAUUGGAUACUGAUGUGAAUUUUUGUAAGUCUAAAUGAAGGAUUGAGGAAAUCUGUUGAAGAUGCCCCUGUAUGGAAUUUGGUUUAUUGGUGGUCUGAGAGUCUAAGGCAGUGGGUGGGAAAGAGGGUUGUGCUAAUUUUAAAUCUGGUGAGACUUCUUUAAAGCAGUAUUUCCCUAGUUUUCAAGCCUCUGCUAAGUUUUUUGGUGGUGAAAUGCUCUGUUUGCUUUGAUCUUGUUGUUCUAGGAAGACUGUUCAGAAAGGGAAGCUCAUGGAUCUCACAACCACAGUCAUCAUCCCACUGCUUUUUGGCAGCUUGGGAAUCUUCACCCUCUUCCGGCUGCUGCAGUGGAUGCGGAUGCGAGCUUACCUUCGGGAAGCGGUGGUGGUGGUCACUGGGGCUACUUCUGGCCUGGGAAAAGAAUGUGCAAAAGCUUUCCAUGCAGCUGGCUCCAAGCUGGUGCUGUGUGGCAGAGACAGCGAGAAACUCAAAGACCUGGUACAGGAGCUUUCUGCCACGACCAAUCACCAAAAGAACAAACACAAACCUCACACUGUGGUCUUCGACCUCUCAGACACUAGAGCGGUCCUAAAUGCUGCUGAAGAGAUCCUGAAGUACUUAGGUCAUGUGGACAUACUGAUCAACAACGCAGGGAUCAGUUACCGAGGCACAAUUGUGGACACAGGACUGGAUGUGGACAAGAAAGUGAUGGAAACAAAUUACUUUGGUCCUGUAGCCCUCACCAAAGCACUUCUCCCCUCCAUGAUCAAGAGGAGACAAGGACACAUUGUGGCCAUCAGCAGCAUUCAAGGCAAAAUAAGCAUUCCUUUCAGAUCAGCAUAUGCUGCCUCUAAGCAUGCUACCCAGGCCUUCUUUGAUUGCCUGCGAGCAGAGGUGGAGCAGUAUGACAUUGAUGUGACUGUUAUAAGCCCUGGAUACAUUCAAACAAACCUUUCUCUCAAUGCUGUAAGAGCAGAUGGAUCUCGCUAUGGAGUUACGGACAAGAACACCGCCGAAGGCCAGACAGCUGCAGAGGUUGCUCAGGUGGUUCUCAGUGCAGUGGGGCAGAAGAAGAAGGAAGUACUUGUAGCUGGCCUAACGCCCUCCUUGGCUGUCUACCUGCGAAACCUCUUCCCCAGACUCUUCUUCACCUUAAUGGCAUCUAGAGCGAAAAAGGAGAGAAAAGCAAAGGACUCUUAAAGCUCAGCCUGCUUGAGCGGUGACUGUAGGGAGAAGCUAAUCCUGCAGCUUGGCUGGGACAUCAGUAGAGGUGCUCCUACAGGAAACAUUUAUUGAAAUGCUGCGACUUACCAUUGCGUGGAGAGUGGGAGGCUGCCUUCCCCACAUCUGGGUAGGCCUGUGUGCCAGAAGGCAGCACCUAGACCUCACCUAAAGGAGGAUGCUUGGAACAGCAGGGGAGGGUAACUCAAGAGAACAUGCUUCACAGCAGGGGAGGCCCACAUGGAAGACAGCACCUUACUUUAUCUCACUCCAGGCACACUCAGCUUUAUGGCCUGCUACUAAUAAAAACCACCUGGUUUGCCUACAUGCCAGCAGAUCUUAGCUUUCCCCUCUCUGUGGCCCCUGUGAAAUACAGUGCUCAGCUGGCUGCUGUCAUGAUUACUGUCUUCUUCCCACUCCCUCCAAUCUGAUCCAGGACACAUUGCUUGGAGUUGAAAGCUUCACAGAGCUUCUGCUUGUUAACAUGCCAAAUCAUCCGGUAUGUUAAGCUGAAGUUAAGUCUGGUGCCAUUUCAAAAAAAGUAACAGAUGCAGAAUGCAAGUUUUACUUGGAAAUGAUCUGAUGUAUCUGAAUCAUGCCUCACUGAAGUACAGGGCCUUUUGACUCCGUACCACUUUAUGGUACAGUAUUAAUCCCCAGCACAAAUUAAUGCAGGGAAGGCACUGAGAAGAUUUUAAACCGCCCACAGCAUAGCAAGGUACACUGUCGAGUGUAAGUACUGUACAGCUGACAGUACGUCUGUCCCACCUGCAGGCCUAGAGCACAGAGCAGGUGUGGUUCUUGAGAUGCCAGGCAAGAGGAGCAUCUGUGUGCUAUAGAUAGACACUAUGUAAGACAGACCCUUAGUUCUCACCUGUUUUAAAGCAAUCACAGAUGCUGAUUAAGAUCUGCUACUACCACAUCUGGUAGGGGGAAGGAUACCUGCUUGUCCAGGUAUCACAGGCUUCAGCACUAAGGGUCCAGGCAGUGCCAUAUUCCAUCUUUCAUCCUUUCUCUUGUUCUUGUGCUAAGUAAGGCUUUUUUCCCUCCAAAGCAAGAAAGAAGGCUUGCAUCCUGCCUAGUCUGAUCCCCAGACAACUCACAGUGUGAAGGCAACUAGCAACACUGGGAAUAGCUCCACAAUUACUGCAGUUUGUUCAGAAAAGACAGAUUUUUUAAUUAUUUUUUAAUGUAAAUAAAACCUAGGAACUAAGGUCUAGAUCCCUGCUGCCACCUCCAUGCACUUACCAGCAUUCUGCAUGUGUACUGCCCUGUGUGUCCUGCCUAUUAGCACGUAUCUGAUGACAAAUAAAUUAUAUUGCCAUGUAA